AUGUACAAAACAGGCCAAGAAGGUCUGCAAGACCAUGUCAAAGCAUUCAAAGCUGAUGAAGCAAAAGUUACAAAAGCUUCAAACGGUAAAGCUUCUUAUGGAGUAGAUUCACCUCUUGGCUUUGCUGCUUCAAUGAUAUUCAGUCCACUUUAUGCUUAUGCGACUCUUAAAGGUAAAUUUCAAGCUUGGGAUAGCAUUUUAGCAAAAUUACCCGAUCAAGCACUCGCAGGACCAAGUUUAGAUGCAGGCUGCGGAAGAGGAUUGGUGCUUAUCAAAACUGCAAAAGCAAAACAGGCAAGAUUCCCAAACGCAAUCACUCAAUCGUACGGGAUCGAUAUAUUUUCAACUGCUGAUCAAUCUGGCAAUAGUCCAGAUGCUACUUGCUUUAACGCUUUUGCCGAAAAAGUUCAAGAAAAUAUAACUUUAUUUUCGGCAAGCUUUUGUGAUUUGCCUUUUGAUGAUGAUGUUUUUGAGCUUGUGACAAGUUCUUUGGCUCUACAUAAUCCUACGCAAAAAUCAGAUCGAAUUAAAGCUGUACAAGAAUUAGCAAGGGUUACCAAACCAGGUGGGGUUUUAGUGAUUUUAGAUCUAUCGGGAUCCUCAACGACAAAAUUGUACGAAAAGACGUUGAAAGAUCUUGAUUGGAAAGACGUCAAGCUGGAAUUUUCAGGUUUAAGUACUUGUUUCGGGUUAUGGUAUUGUCAUACCGUUACCGCUCGUAAGCCGAUCUGA